AUGGAAUUCGGUGAACUGACAACUGUCUUUAUGCCUACUUCACAAUAUCAUCAAUCGUCCAGAAUGCCGAUAAUUAGAGAGGUGAUGCUCGGAGUCAGUACAGUCAGUGCACAUUCCUCUUACGAUAUCAAGGAUAAGCUUACUGAUAACAAUGCAAUGUGUGCAGUUUGCGGUGAUGGUCAUGCGAAGUUGCACUAUGGUAUCUUGGCUUGUUAUGGAUGUAAAGGAUUCUUCCGACGAACGCUCACUGGAAAGUAUCGAUAUGCAUGCAGAUUUAGCAAUAACUGCGUCGUUGAUAAAUAUCAGAGAAAUAGCUGUCGCUACUGUCGUUUUCAGCGAUGCUUAGAAGUUGGAAUGGAUCCGAAAGCAGUGCGACCUGACCGUGAUUUAACUGGUAGACAACGAGUUCCACGUUUGCGAAAAAGACAGAUCGAUGAAGAACUUGUAAGCCACAUGCAUAAUGUUGGUAGUAAUUUUUUUCAAAUGCAAUUGCAAGAUGAUGAGUUGUCAUGCAAACUACCGGUGGAAUCACGUGUGCUGCUAAUGCAAUUAAUGAAUAUUGAAUGGGAAAUUGUUAAAGCAGAUGAAACAUUAUGCACAAGGAGUGGUACUAAGCACUCAUUCAAGACCAUUUCUUUUCGGGAACUUUUUGAACGCAGACCAAUUCUAGAUGCCCGAUCAACUAAGGUUCAAUACGAACCGUACCGGAUGGCUCAACUAGAUGAACUACCUCAGAUUACUCAUCGCAGAGCGAUGGCCGCCGUCGACUGGGUUGAUUCACUAGCCAAACUAGCUGAUAUUACUGAUAGUGAAGAUAAGGUCGCUCUUGUAAAGUCAUGUUAUUCACCUCUGACUAUAUUCAAUUUUUCAAUGAAAACCGCUCAAAGCACUGAUAUCCCCUUAUACGGUUUUUCAUAUGUGCCAAGGAAUCUUCCACUCGAAUUUACCCAAACGAAUCAGCUAUCUGACGACGUAGUCAAUAGAACGUUAAACGAACUAGUAAUCCCUUUGAGGAAACUGAAACUGAAGGAGGAAGAAGUAGUACCACUCAAAGCAGUAAUAAUUUUAAAUCCAAAUGCGAAAGGUUUAUCGGUGGCUGCACAGCAAGUUGUGUCAGAUCUUCGUGAUCGUGUCCAAGAAGUGCUAUUUGAUGUUAUCAAAGAGUUGAAUCCCACCUAUGCUGCCACUGCACGGUUUGGCAAUCUCCUUUUGUUAAUACCUACAAUCAUGACGCUGUCUGGGACGGUGAAUGAAAAUUUGCAAUUCUUGCAAGCUUUAGCAAGAGGUCAGAAAGAGGACAAUCUACUCAAUAAAAUGUUUGGUGAUGUGUAUGCCAAACUAGACAAUCCAGUAACCUCGACAUCCUCACCACCGAUGCUUGGAAACCCGGCUGAAAUAUCGUUAAAAUAUGCCAGCUCAUCACCUCGAUCAACAAAGAUAAAUGAUAAUGUGGGAAGUGCAGAGAAAUUUAUAAUGGACUCGAGCACACAAACCUAUCCAGAUGACAGCCUUAAAGGAUCGUUAUCAAAUAGCAGCCUAUGCAAAUCACUUACCCCUCCUAGCCAUGUGAGCUUCAGUCCACUUCAUUAUACCCUGGAUGAUGAUAUAACGAAUUAUUCGCUUGCUCCGGAUUACGAUGAGAUUCAUAAUGACUGUGGUGAUUUAUUCUUCCUCAUGGACGACAUCAAAUGA